AUGGCUACUCCCGCCGCGUUACCGCCACUACCAUUUAACCCGGCGAGGGUGCGGUCGUAUCUUCUUCGUUUGCCUCUCUUUACACGGCUUGUGGUGCUGGCCAUUGUCGUCUUUUGGCUUCUUGAGUUCCAAACAGUAUGGAGUGUGGUGCAAUGGGGUUCGUUGGCGCCGGAUGAAAUUGGUCUCGGCAGCAUGUAUCGGCUCAACACCUAUCCAUUCAUUCACAAUGGCUUUUUCCAUGCUUUUGUGAACCUGGUGGCGCUUACACCACUGGUCGAGCGGUUUGAAGCCGAGCACGGCACGUUGACUGCUGUGGCUUUGUUUUUAGGGCCUCUUUCUACAUUCCCUGCGGGCCUCUACCUUUUGAUCGAAAAAUUUCUUUUGCAUAGAAACACCGCCGUUGUUGGCGCAAGCGUUUGGGUAUUCCUCCUCUUGGGUACCGAAGCUAUCAAGACCUUCAAGUCCCACCCGUAUUUCAGUCUUGGGAAUUACAAGAUUCCUACCUGGACAUCGCCCUUGUUUGCGUGCAUAGUUGUUUCGAUACUUAUGUCUAAUACGAGCUUCCUUGGCCAUAUGUGUGCUAUCCUUGUCGGCUAUUUGUUCGGCCUUGGUUACCUCAAGGUGUUCGUCCCUCCGGAGAAGAUUUUGAGAUGGAUUGAAGGGAAACUGAAUCUGUUGGGCCGGCUACCACAUUAUGUCUCUGUCGACCAAAAGACGUAUGGCCGAUAUGGUGUGCUCCCCACGUCGAAUACGAUGGGCGAGAGAGGGACUCCUCUGAGCUAUUUGGGAUCGUCGCAGCGUCUGGGUCCUUGA